AUGGUAAAAAGGACAGCUCAGGAGCCAAGCUCGAAUGGCACAAAACGACCCAGACAGAAAUAUGGAAGACAAGAGCUCAGGCAAAUAAAGCGAACAACACGCAGAGACAAAGAGCCAGAGGCCAAUGAGGAGGGCGAUGCUCAUCACUCCGAGGUGGAGCUGAAGGAGCCUCAGGAAGAGGAAGCUGAGCUGGUACCCGCUGGCGAAGACAAAAGAUUGGCCUACAAUGCAUUACUUACGCUCUUGAAAAGCGAUCAUCCGGAAAUCAGAAACAAGUCUGCAAAGAAAGCUAAGGAAAAGGAGCUGGAGGAUAUCGCUGGGUUCAACGUGGAGGAAGAAGAAGCCGAGGACGAUGCGGAAGGGGAAGGGUCUGAAGUUGAGGAUGUUGAUGCUGAAGAAGACGAAGACAUUCUCUCGAAGGACCCCUUCGAGAGUCAUUUCAAUUUGGUGUCUGAGGAUUUCAUAGAACGCAAGGCGGAUGCUAUGGCAGAGAAGAAACCCUGGCAUUCCGAGAAGCGUAAGGUUGAAAACACGAUAUACACCGCUGUUCUGCAAACGCCUCCAGGAGAAGAAUUCUCCGUCCCCAAAUUCAACAAACUGCAACUGCAUCUUGGACAGUACCAUAGCAUCAAAAGAAGGGUUGGCGAAGCCUUUCUUAAGAACUACUCUGGGGAUCUCAAGCCCUUGGAUAAGACAUUGCUUGACGAAUUUCUUGCUUACAAAGAUGUCAUGUUUCCUUCCAAAUCUUACAAAAAUACAACGUACCAAAGAUUGUACGCAUUGCAUGUCUUGAACCAUGUGUUCAAGACUAGAGAUAGAGUCAUGAAAAACAACGAGAAACUAAAAAAGUUUCUAGAAGAUGUCAGGGAGGGCAGAAUUGACGGGGCCACAGAAGAACCAGAGCUUCGUGACCAGGGCUUCACCAGACCGAAGGCAUUAAUUCUUCUACCCACUAGAAACGCAGCAUACGAACUUGUCGAGCUUCUCAUAAAGCUUUCUGGCUGUGACCAACAGGAAAAUAGAAAGCGGUUUAAGCAGGAAUUUUACGAACCUGGUGGCCCCUCAGAGACAAAGCCCGCAGAUUUCAAGGAGAUGUUCAAGGGCAACUCAAAUGAUUUUUUCAGUAUAGGAUUGAAGUUUACAAGAAAAGCCCUCAAGCUUUAUUCCUCCUUUUACAAAUCCGAUGUGUUGAUAGCAUCACCAAUUGGACUUUCCAUGAUCCUUGAGGACCCCAAACAGUCGAAGAGACAGUAUGACUUCUUGUCUUCCAUUGAGGUUCUUGUGAUAGACCAUGCAAACCAGAUCGAGAUGCAAAAUUGGGACCACGUUAAUACAGUGAUGAAGUAUAUCAACAAGAUCCCCAAGGAAUCGCAUGGAGCUGACUUUUCAAGAAUUAGAAUGUGGGCCAUCAAUGAUAGGCUGAGUCUCUUGCGUCAAACUUUGGUUUUCAGCGAGUUCACCACACCCGUUGUCAACAGUAUUCUAUCCAAGUCACAGAACGUGGCCGGCAAAACCAGAUACAAGCCAGAGAUCACCACGCAAACUUGCAUUAUGAAUUCCAUUGGUAUCAAAAUCAAGCAAAUCUUCCAGCGGUUUGAGUCGCCCGAUCCAGUAUCUAAUUAUGAGGCUCGUUUCAAGUUUCUCAUCAACUCAGUGCUCCCGUCUAUCAGCAAACAGACUCUGUAUGAAGACGGACUUUUGAUAUACAUCCCUUCCUACUUCGACUACGUGAGGAUCAAGAGCCAUAUGAAGCAGAACACAAAGCUCAACUUUGGAUCUAUUGACGAGUAUUCCUCUCAAUCAAGGGUGACCAAAACACGCCACAACUUCCAGACUGGCAAGAUCAAAGUUAUGUUGUACACGGAAAGAUUGCAUCAUUUCAGACGGUUUGAGAUCGCUGGCGUGAAGACCGUGUUGAUCUAUGAGCCGCCAUCCAAUCCAUUGUUCUACAAAGAGCUUCUUCGGUUUGUGGCCAAGUCUGUGUUCAAGGAAGAAGCCGACAUUGAUCUCUCGUUCGUCAAGACGCUCUAUUCGAAAUGGGAUGCGGUAGCCUUAGAGCGAAUCGUGGGCAACGAGAGGGCUCCAAUCCUCUGCAACUCAGUCAACGAAACCUAUGAGUUCAGGUGA